CUGGGGAGGGCCAAAGAACCAGUACCAGGGUAUCUGAUUCAUGAUUUAUCAAAGGUCUCAGAAUGUCCUGCUUGAAAACUGUCUGCCCACUUGAGAUUUUCCACAUGUUUUCCCAAACCACCGUACCAUAAAUGUUGAGUCUCCAAGGAAGAAACUGUGUAAAAAUACUGGAUGAUCUUAGGAAAACAAAAGGAAAGGAUGAAAUACAGAAGAAAAACAACUCAACUGUUACUACUUUUAUUGUUUCUAUGGGCUUUGCACAGACAGUAUCAUCCUAGCACAAAGAAACUACUGAGGAUAUACCGGUGCUGGUCUGUGAACAGUCCAUCAAAGGAAUUAAAGCUAUCAGACUGGUUUUCUCCCAGUCAAUCCAUGAACCUGACCACCACCAACUGGUCAGCUCCAGUUGUGUGGCAUGGCACUUUCAAUGAAGAAAUAUUGGAACACUAUUAUGCAAAGCAUAAAAUUACCAUGGGGUUGACUGUGUUUGCCGUAGGAGGAUACAUUGACCACUAUUUGAGGGAAUUUAUAUUAUCUGCAGAUACGUUUUUUAUGGUUGGCCAUAAAGUCAUAAUUUAUGUCCUGAUAGACAACUUCUCCAGGAUGCCUUGGAUACAGCUGAGUCCCCUCCGUACAAUCAAAGUGUUUGAAAUUAAGCGAGAGAAGAGAUGGCAAGAUGUCAGCAUGAUGCGCAUGAAGACUAUUAGUGAACAUGUUGUAGAUCAUAUCCAACAUGAAGUCGACUUUCUCUUCUGCAUGGAUGUAGAUCAAGUCUUCAUAAGGAAAUAUGGCGUGGAGACUCUAGGGGAGUCAGUAGCUCAGUUACAUGCUUACUGGUACAAGGCAGAUCUGAUAAAUGUGCCAUAUGAAAGAAGUGAGUUAUCAGAAGCAUAUAUACCUCUUGGCAUGGGAGAUUUUUAUUACCAUGCUGCUGUAUUUGGUGGCACUCCUACCCAAGUUCUCAAUAUUGCCAGGGAGUGCUUAAAAGGAAUCAUGAAUGACAAGAAAAACAGCAUUGAAGCAGUAUGGCAUGAUGAAAGCCACUUAAAUAAGUAUUUUUUUCUCCAUAAACCUGCUAAGCUCUUAUCACCUGAAUAUUGCUGGGAUUCUACUAGAACAGGUAUUAUUAAUAUUCAUAAUAUCAAACUCUCUUGGGCUAAAAAGGAUUAUAAAAAUCUUAGAGUUAAAUUGUAGUUUUAUAGCACUUCAGAUAUCUGAAAAUAAGAGCAUCAUUUUUGUCUUAUUCCUUGGGAAAUUAGCACUUGAUAAAUUUUAGCACUAAAAAAAUCACUAGCAACAUGGCAAGACCACCAACAUGGCGUACUCAUACUUCUCAUAUUUAUUUUGAAUUGUAUAAGAUGGACUCUAGCAGUGGCAAAAUGAAUGUAUUGACAUUAGAUGGAGACACAGUGAUUUCAUAUCCUGUGUCAAUGUUGAGGAAAUAUUAUUUGUUGGAUUACAUUGAACAAAAUAGAAUCUGCCACAAGAAAAUGAAAUCUGAAAUAUUUUCAUUGAUCUAUGUAGACACACAUUUCUCAUACUGCUUAAGAAAAGGGACUGUCAGGGUGCUUGGGUGGCUCAGUCAGUCCAACUCUUGAUUUCA